AUGGAUCGAAAAGCGGAGUUGGAACUGAAGAAGGCUAGUCUGCAGACCCUUCGUGAGGAAAAAGAAAGGAGGCGAAAGGAAAGAGAACAAAAUCUGGAUCUGCUUGAAACAUCCGGAAAGAUAGCCAACGUGAAAUUAGGCACGAGCCAUGAUUUGGAUAUGACGCUCUCUUCGCUAACUGAACCACUUGUGUCUGAAGUAUCACUUCUUUCAUCCGUUAGCAUGACCAACUCUGAUAAUUUCAUUAAGAGCACGCCAAGUGGAAAUGUUCAAUCCAGCAUUGAAAAACUCAACUAUCGCCAGAAACCCGUCAACCUUAGCCUGGUAUCCGUUGACAAUAUUAAUAUUUCUCCCAAGAAAACUAUUGUAUACUCGAAACACACUCAAUCCACUAAGAAGGAAAUGAUUAUGCUUUCGAAGGACUUUCAACAGUUUAUGGCGAACGCGAGCAAGGUCAUUGAAAAGGCCCUUUCUGAAACGAAAGACAUUCACAGGGGCUAUAUUGGAGGGACAGAGGCGAAUGGUACCAUUGAAGAAAAAUCACACGCCCGCCUGUUAUUGAAUCGAAUGUUGUACUGCGACCAUUGGUCAAAGGACCGCUGUGUAACGUCUAUCGAUUGGUCUAUGCACUAUCCAGAGCUCAUGGUAGCAUCGUAUUACAGCAACGAGUUUACGAGGUUACGUGGGUAUGAUCCGGAAGGUGUCGUAGCCAUGUGGAACGCCAAGUCAAAGAAGCAAACGCCCGAACAAGUGUUUCACUGUCAGAGCGGCGUCAUGUCCACAAGCUUCGUUAAGUUUAAUGCGAAUUUAAUCCUCGGUGGUACCUACUCCGGUCAGAUUGUACUCUGGGACAGCCGGGAGCAGAGGCGCACGCCCAUCCAUUGCAUACAAUUCAACGUCAAUGGGCACAUACUACCAGUCGUCUGCGUCUCGUUAGUUGGCACGCAGCACUCCCAUAACGUUAUUUCGAUCAGCUCAGACGGUAAACUAUGCAAGUGGAGCCUGGAUAUGCUUUCAAAGCCGCAGGACGUGCUAGAAUUCAAGAAACAACCUUCCCAGACCAUCUCCGUCACCUGUUCUGCAGUCAUGCACUCGCAGGUGAAGAACAUCGUGCUUGGAAGUGUGGAUGGGUGCGUGUACUCUGCCAAUCAACAUGACAACCGGGGUGCCAUAAUCGAGACGUACAGGGAACAUCUCGGCCCGAUCACAGCUGUCUCGGCGCACCAAUCAGAAUCGAACUUUGACCACCUGUUCCUAACCUCAUCGGUCGACUCGACGGUCAAGCUGUGGAGUUUGCAGGAUAAUAAACCGCUGUACACUUUCGAAGAUAACUCUGACUACGUGGCCUGCUCACCCAUCAACCCGGCACUAUUCGCCAGCGUGGAUGGUAAUGGGCGUCUGAACGUGUGGAAUCUCAAUCAAAACACAGAUGUCCCGGUAGAGUCGGUUGUAGUAGACGAGCAGCCGGCACUUAACCGCGUCUUCUGGACACCAUACGGCAGACAUGUCAUGGUUGGUGCCGAAACUGGUCAUAUCUACAUGUACGACCUAGCAGACAGAGUCGCCAACCCGCGCAUCGAUGAAUGGAACAAGCUUGACGCUGUGCUGUAUGAUUUAAGAAUGUAA